AUGGGCAGAAACCCAGCGCCCCGCCAAGAGACGAACACCGACCGCAGUGUGCGAGCAAGAGACAACAAGCGACGACACCGUGCUCGCCAAAAGGAGUAUGUUCUAGAACUCGAGCGCAAGGUGGCGAUGACACGGGAGCAGGGAGUGCAAGCAACGAAAGAAGUACAGUCUGCAGCUCAGAGAGUCGUGCGAGAGAAUGCCAGGCUUAGAGACCUGCUCAGAAGGAUGGGUUACACCGAUCGCACCAUUGAUGCUUGGGUCGCCGAGGAUCAAUGCUCGAGCGGCACGGAACCUAUCCAGCUUGGGGUGAAAUUGCCAUCAGGACAUAACGCACAGGACGUAGCAUCGACUUUUGCGUCACAGAAGAUCGAAACCCCUGAUUUACCAACUAAUUUGGGAGUAUUGCCCACCCAGACAUCGACGGUUACGUGUAAACGAUCUCCUCGGCAACCGCAAAGAGUGGACCAGCCAGGGGCUCCUUGUAAACUCAUCACCAUGCUUGCGGAAAAUCCAGCUCUCGAUAUCACGCAAGUGUCUCUUUCUGUCCAAUCAGAAGAUCAACCUUGCGAAACCAAUGUAUCGCAAAAUUACGGCUCCAACGGCAUAGAGUGCUCCACUGCGUACAGAAUGCUUAUACAACAUGCCACUUCUGGCGAAAAGAUGGAUCGAAUAGCCGCAGCAUUGGAGAGUGGCUGUAUGCCGUCGGCUACAGGUGGAUGCCGUGUGAAGGAGAGUGUCGUUUGGAGAACAUUGGACCAAGAAUGCACUUGA